GUGUCCAAAAAUCAGUGCGCAUUUGUGCGCGGAACUGAAAAGUGCGACUAUUCAGAGCGAUAUUUUGAUUGUGGGCGUGGCAAUGCAACUGAAAAAUAGCAAGGAGAUCACAGCGUAUGCAGUUUUCUUGCUCCAACUAAUUAAUUGGACAGCAGCACGUCGAGGCUUUGGCCCAGGCGAACAAGACUGGAACUAUGUUGAAGUGAGAAAGGGCGCCCAUCUCUUCUAUUGGCUCUACUAUACGACAGCGAAUGUAAGUUCAUUUGAAGAGCGACCUCUGGUUAUCUGGUUGCAAGGCGGACCCGGUGUUGCGUCCACUGGUUGCGGCUGCUUCGAGCAGCUGGGACCCUUCGACAUUGAGGGGCAACCACGUGCCAGCAAUUGGGUGCAGCACAUGAAUGUGCUCUUCAUCGACAGUCCUGUUGGUACUGGUUUUAGCUAUGUGGAAUCCUUUGGCGAAUAUGCUCUGAACAACAAGCAAAUUGCCCUCGAUCUUGUCACACUAAUGUCGGAUUUUCUGCGCUCACAUCCGGAAUUCCAAAGCGUUCCAUUGCACAUCUUCUCUGAGAGUUAUGGCGGUAAAAUGGCACCAGAAUUCGCCUUGGAAUUGUAUCGGGCUCAGCAGCGAGGAGAGGUGCAGUGUCAACUCAAGUCUGUGGUGGUGGGCAAUCCCUUCACCUCGCCCUUGGACAGUGUGUUAUCCUAUGCCCCAUAUCUACUACAAAUGGGCAUCGUGGAUCACGAUGGCUAUAGCAAUAUAUCGCGAGUUGCGGCCGAGACUGCGCGUCUAGUAUAUGCUGGCAAAUGGCGACAGGCGAUCAAUGAGAACGCAGCUGUUGAGGUGAUCAAGGAACGCACUGGGAACGUGUUUCUCUAUAACACUCAACGACGAACUCAUGUGGACGAUGACUAUCGCUAUGGCGAGGAUCCUAAGUUGUGUGCCUUUAUGGUCAACAAUGUGACAAAGACUUUGAACCUCACUCAUAUGCCUGUGUGGAUAGCGCAGAAUGCGACGGUCUUUCUUAAGCUCAGUGACGACAUCUUUAAGCCAGCAGUUCACAUAGUAACUCGUCUGCUGGAUGACACGCCACUCCGAGUGGGUGUCUACUCGGGCAUGUUGGAUUUACUCUGUGCCACUCCCGGCACUGUCAACUGGAUCAACCGGAUGUCGUGGCGCCACAAGCAAGAGUAUGUGGAUGCCACACGUAAACCCUUCCGUAGCGAUGGCUUUCUCGAGGGCUACGAGAAGCAAGGAGGAAACUUCAGCAUGUUUUGGGUCUUUCGGGCGGGACACACAGUGCAGCAAGAUAAUCCCGCGGCCAUGUCUCACAUUCUGCGUGAGUUCACCAAUUAUGGUUGAUUAUGCUUUAAAUACAAAUAAAGUGCAAC